AUGCGUUUGUUGCGAUCUAUAUUUACAAUUCUCGCUCUGUGCGGUUGUUCGCGACCACCCUCUUGGACCUCGCCGAUCAAAAAGUGUCUGUACACCGUCUACACGUCGUUCGUGUUGAUCAUGGUGCACAGCCUCGUGAUAUCCCAAAUAUUAGACAUAGCGUUCAACGUCGACAAUCAAGACGACUUUAGCGAAAAUUUCUACCUGACGCUCGGGGUCUUUAUAUCUUGUUGCAAGCUGUGCACCCUGUUGCUGCAUCGCGAUAAUUACGCAACGAUGGUCCAGACCCUUCAAAAGGAACCAUUCUCGCCAACGAACACCGACGAGUUCGAGAUCCUGGCGAGAUUCGAGAAAUGGGCGGAAUGGAACACGAUCGUCUACACGAUAUUGCUCGAGUCCUGCGUAACAUGGAUGAUCGCGACGUCGUUUUUCACAGAUUACAAAAGACAUAGAUUACCGUAUCGUGCCUGGGUACCCUACAACUAUUCUUCUUCCUUUUUGUUUACUAUUACUUACACGCAUCAGACAAUCAGUAUAGCGAUCUGCGCGGUUUUGAAUAUAGCCUGCGACAGUUUGUUCAGCGGCCUGCUGAUCCACACGUACUGCCAAUUCGAGAUACUCCGUCAUCGUUUCAAGCACAUCCUAGAAAACGAGAACCUCUCGGCGAAACACUGUGCCCAUCAUCAUGACCAUAUAUACAAAUUCGCCACGAUGGUGAACAAAGAAUUUGAAACGAUAGUACUGCUUCAGUUUCUGGUGAGCAUGUCGAUAUUAUGCUUCGACCUUUAUCGGUUCUUGCAAACCGAACAGCGCACAAAAUUAAUGGAAAUGAUACUUUAUGCAAUAUGUACGCUUAUGCAAAUAUUGUACUACUGUUGGUACGGGAACGAAGUCAGAGUGAAGAGCCUCGAAAUUCCCGACAUGAUAAUCGACAGCAAUUGGGUAUCUCUGGACAACAACGCCAGGAAGAUUUUCCUAAUGAUUAUGAAACGAGCACUGGUGCCCAUUGAAUUUUCCAGCGUGCAUCUUGUACCAGUGGAUCUCAACUCUUUCAAAGUAAUAUUAAAAACUUCUUACUCUGCGUUUAGCAUGCUCCAACAAAGAAGUUAG